GUAGCAGCGAAUCAGAGCAGGAGACACUGCAAAGCUCAGCCCGUCACCUCCCAUCCGCCGAGCUGUCAGUUGCAGCGCACAUGAACAUCAACGCUGCGGGAGUGGACCAAACGUUGAUAUUCUUGUAACGUCGAAAUAUUUGCUCCUCAAUGUUUUCAUUUAAACCGGGCAAGGACAUCGCAGGAUACACGCCCUGUCAUCUCUGUGGACUAAGUACAAACGCGUAGGAGGAGGGCUGAGCCGCUCGCUAGUCACCGAGCAGCUGGCUAAUGGCAAUAGUUAGCUUGCAGGCUACUGCUUGAUAGCUGGUGAACGGAGUCCGCUUCUGCUUCUCGCCGUCAUUUGGUUAGAGAAGGUCGGGGAGGCUCAUGUUAGCUGGUAGUUCUAAGCGUCUAGCUACCCUUCAGCAUCUCUAAUGUGCUAUUUUUUUAAUAUUUAAAAAAACAAGCUCGUGUUCUCUGGGUCAUUUGCCACGGGGGCUUAACAAUUGUUCAUCCUCCGUACGUUUACUGUUUUUACGAAAUUUAGCUUUGAUGUUUGCUAGCUAACAAGCUAUUCUCGGCUAUGCUAACGCUACCUGGGUGAGACUUUACGUCGCAGGAGGUGCGGAGAGCUCCAGUCGAGAGUCAAGGAAGGAAGAGUGGUGACUUAUGAUGUGGGCAGGCGGAGAAGCGUAUGACGGUUAAGUGAAGAAGAGCAAGCAGUAUUAGGCUAAACGCUUCGUAUUUCCUCACGUUAGUCUCUUUCGAGCUAGGGCCACAGCGACAGUCGAGCUCUGUGAGACUUUAGAUGAAGAAAAGAAUUGGGGCACCUUGGUUUGCUGGGCUGGCUAAAUGAAUAGUACUGACAUUGCUGAACCGUGAGCUGGUGGCCGCUGUGCCAGCUUCAAGGGAAGAUACGCUGUCGGGAUUAUCGCACAGUCUGCAAUAAACCAGCCAGUUUUCUUAAAGAUGGCUUCGGCGAGCAGCAUUGCCGCAUCCAUUGCGAGCAAAACCAAGACCAAGAAAAAACACUUCGUUGCCCAAAAAGUGAAGCUCUUCCGUGCCAGCGACCCUCUGCUCAGCGUGCUCAUGUGGGGAGUCAACCACUCGAUAAACGAGUUAAGCCAUGUCCAGAUUCCCAUCAUGCUCAUGCCAGAUGACUUCAAGGCCUAUUCUAAGAUUAAAGUGGACAACCACCUGUUCAACAAGGAGAACAUGCCUAGCCAUUUCAAGUUCAAAGAGUACUGCCCUCUGGUGUUUCGAAACCUCAGGGAGAGGUUUGGCAUCGAUGAUCAGGACUUUUUGAACUCUCUGACACGCAGUGCUCCCUUAAACAGUGAGGCCCAGGGACGCAGCGGGGCCCGCUUCCAUACCUCUUACGACAAACGAUACGUCAUCAAGACCAUCAGCAGCGAGGAUGUGGCCGAGAUGCACAACAUUCUAAAGAAAUACCAUCAGUUUAUUGUUGAGUGCCAUGGCAACACGCUGCUUCCUCAGUUUCUGGGGAUGUACCGGCUCACAGUGGAUGGGGAUGAGACUUACAUGAUUGUUACUCGCAAUGUCUUCUCUCACCGCCUUUCUGUCUACAAGAAAUAUGAUCUCAAGGGGUCCACUGUGGCAAGAGAGGCGAGCGACAAGGAGAAGGCUAAAGAGCUGCCCACCUACAAGGACAAUGACUUCAUCAACGAUGGGCAGAAGAUCUACAUUAACGAAGAGAACAAGAAAAUGUUCCUGGAGAAGCUUAGGAAAGAUGUGGAGUUCCUGGCCCAACUGAAGCUCAUGGACUACAGUCUGCUGGUAGGGAUCCACGAUGUCGAGCGAGCCGAGCAAGAGGAAGUGGAAAGCGAGGAAAACGAAGCCGAGGAGGAGGGUGAGAGUGACGGAGGAGGCAUUGGGACCCCCCCUGACAGUCCCAGCAACACCCUGGAUAGUACCAAGCCACUGUCACCUGGAGAGUUCGACCCCACCAUCGACGUCUAUGCCAUUAAAAGCAAUGAAAGUGCUCCCAGGAAGGAGGUUUAUUUCAUGGCUAUCAUAGACAUCCUGCAGCAUUACGAUGCCAAGAAGAAAGCUGCGCAUGCCGCCAAGACUGUCAAACACGGGGCCGGAGCAGAAAUCUCCACGGUGAACCCAGAGCAGUACUCGAAGAGGUUUUACGAUUUCAUCACCACUAUCCUGUCAUAGCCUCCAUGAGUGACGGGGGCAAAGAGGCACAUGGGAAAGGGGAGGGCAACUGGGGAGUUGGGGUGGAGUAGAGAAAGUGAUGGAGAGGAAAAGCAUCCAGAGGCCGAAUUAAUAAGGUGCUGUGAUGGCUUUGUGUCACUCUUCCUCAUCCGUUCUCCUCACCUCUGUUUGUUUCCCUCUUUCUCUGUCUCUCUUUUCUGUGGGGUGCCACCUGCUGCAGCUAAAAAGAAAAAAAAAAACAUUGUUCGUUUACAUUCAUCCUCUGUUGAGUUCUGUUUUUGUGUUACUUUGGAUGAUAAAGGCGUUAAAAGGAAGUGUCCAAGUCAUUACAUUUUUUCUUGUUUGUUUUUGUUUACGGUUGUUUAUUUGGGAAUAUGGCUUCUUUUUUUUUAAUUGCCUCUAACACAUCAUCCAACUCCCUACAUUUGUUUUUUUUUUUUAUUUCAAUUUCCCUAUUUGUUUUUUCCUUAUGAUGUUGAGGGGAAAGGGAAGGGUCUGAUGUGGUUAGUGUGACAACAAGUGGAGGUUCCUCUCAGAGGUGUGAGCGGGGAUAUAACGAGGAAGUUUACGUUGAGCCUCGUCUAAUGCAAUUGCUUCGUAUAAGGAAGUAGGAAGCAGUCUUCCAGCAGGCCAACAGCCAGACCCACUCCCGAAUGCUGAACAUGUACUCGGCCAUAUAAAUCUUCCCAUUUAAAUUCCUUCUCCAGCAUUCCCCCUUUCCCCUCUCGUUCCUGUGGUUUUAUUGAAUUGAGCUUCUGGGUUAUUCUCUGGCCACAGAUGACUAAACCUCAUGUAAAUUAACGCUUGCUUCCAGCUCCAGCACUAGCUGCACCUCUGUGUCUGUCAGCACUUUGCUAUCUUUCUGAUUAAGGACUAUUAAUGGAGGAACAUGGAUCAUAAGAUAAGAAGAGGAGCUUCUGUUUGCUGUCCACUUUUCAGUGUGUUCGAUAUAGUUAGCAAGUCACGCUUUCUGUUCCAUGGCAGCAGAGAAUUGCCCAGAAGCCAUGUGUGGCUGUUGCUGCUUAAGAGCAAAUCAACUCCGUGUUAUGGCGUCUUUGUACAGGGUGUCAGAUUGAAACAUGAACAGCCCUCAACUUUCUGUUGCCAUCAGCACCUUAUGAGUCAAAUCAUAAAACGUUGCACUUUUAUUUGUUGUAAGAGGUUGUCAGUCUGUUACACGCGCAGCAACAACAACAAAAAAACAAAAAGGAACUCGACUUGUUUAGAUUUUAAUCUUAGAAGGUUGGAUUCAAAUCCCAUCUCCUCCAUUUGUCACCUGUGGGCUCUUCUUACAGGGAUUGGUUGGGAAACGAUUCAAUGCAAUAUUAGGUAAAGUGGGCGAGUUCUCUUAAUCCAGCCUUUCUGACCCUAUAAGAAGAGCCCACAGGUGCUGCAUUGGUGGGAUUUUUGAUACCAGGCGGUAGUUGUGGUAGUGUGAUUGUGUUCAGGGCAAACACAAGACAGUUUACCUCCAGCAUCGUACCAGCACACACCCAGUGGCGGCAGAUGGAGUGUGUGUGUCAGUGUUCAAAGGUCGUAAAGGGGGAGAUGAAAGGGGAGGAGGGAAUAGUAGAUGUAAAGAUACGUGUUGUUAAGUCAUUAACACCAACAGCAUCGUUCUCUAACCUCGGCUGUGAGUCUGUUAUUCAUCGUUGUCAUUAUUAUGUCAUUGUUGUUGACUGUUUUGUUUGUUUGUUUUUUUUAUGGUGGAUUUCGUGUAUUUGAAUUUGGUGGAUUUAUGAAUUGACGUGCUAAUAUUUGUUUUGUUUCUGAGUUUGUGUUUUUUUUCUUUGUAUAUUUUGCACAAGAGGAAAGGAACCAAAUGUUACGAAUACCCAAUUAGCUGAAACGGUCUUAACAAGGGAAAUGCAAUAUUUACAUGUAUGUAAGUGAGAAAAGCUGUUUUUGCGCGUGACGUCGUCUAACACUUCUGGAUAACCAACUAAAACAAGUAAACUCGUCCUUCUUGGCUGUUAUAACCCAUGCAAAAACGCUUCCAUCACAACAUGUUUGUUUAGAUAUCGUAGAUUAUAUUCACAGUUAUUUUUUUACAUUGGAUUUUAGUCCUGAAAAAUGGUUGUAUUUAAAAGGAAAAUUUAAAAAAAAAAGAGUCACCCUUCAGAUUGAAUGAUGGUGCUGUGGUAAAUGAAGAAUGAUACUGCUUGAAUUUUUACAAUUUAUAGAUGUAAGAAAAAAAAGUUAAAACUCAAAUAUGCAUGUCACAGGACUACGUUUCCUUUCCCCUUCCUUGUCUGUGGUGUUGGCUGUUCUAUUCUCUUUGUGUGUGCUCCCCCUCCCUCCACUUUUACCACAUUCGUGAGAUGUCCAGCAUAAAAAAAAAAAAGCCCCUGCCAUGCUUUAAAUAACUGUUUUGUUUUUUUCAUUGUAUACACUGUGCAAGAUGUGUGCCUUUAUACUCCAAAUUAUUUAAUUUUAUAUUUUGUAAUUUUUUUUAAACAACAGUAAAAUGUUAUUUUAAUAUUAGGGUGUUUACUUUGACGUUUUGUUUUCGACUUUUAUUUCCGACCUUUCACAACAUCUCCAUUUAGAUUUGUAACCGUUCAAUAAUUCAAUUAAGUAAAACCAAUAAUUGUUUUUUAACCUACGUUUAAAAAGGAAAAAAAAAAAGUAAGGAGGAAAAAAGCAAGCAUCUGUGUAAUGUUUGAACACAGUGCAUUGGUUUUGGUUGUGUAAAUUUACAUUCCCAGGCGUCCUUUUCCUUCUCCUCAAACUGGAGAUGCUGUUUGUGUCUGUUGUUGGUUCAUGCUGGUUCUGCCUUUAUAAUUAAAAAAAUUAAAAUAGGAAGGAAUAAAGUGUGCGUGUGUGGAAGUGCAUUGUGGAGUGUGUUUUUUGUUUUGUUUUUUCUGGGGUUUUUUGUAUAUUUACCCACCAGUCACAGAUGCAUUUCCAGAUGUGAUUUUUUUUUUUUUUUUUUUUUUUAUUCCACUUCAAUGUAUUCAUUAGUGAAACCAGCUUCUGUUCUUUCUGUGUAACUCACCUGCUUUUUGUCAGGGAGGUUAUCAGCUGAUAGUUCAUCCCGUGUCAGUGAUUAGUGAAUAUUCUUUUUGUGUUGUUUCACUGUAAAUGGGCUGUUUUGUUUCUGUUGUUGCGUAGCUCCUACUGUACAUAGGACGUGUCGGAAAAGAAAAUGUGGAAACGAGGGAGCUGAUUGGGCCCCAGAGAUCUCCUUGUGUAAGUGUAGGAAGCAGGGCGCUGAAUUGUGAGGAGGGUUUUUGUUUCGCUUUGGAAAGGAAACGGUGAACUUUACCAGAUACAAAUUAAAAACAGUAACACCCAUGUCCUGCAACUGUCCCGUGAAAUGAAUAGUCCCUGCUUUUGUGACUUCUUUUGUGAAUGAACUCCUCCUCCCAGUAUCCGCCACCCACCCGUCGACCUGCUGCUACCGUUAACUUGCCAAAAGCAUCUUCCAGCAAUCAGAACUACCCCACAUGAGCUUGAAGAACAUUGUGUGUUGUAUAAUGUGUUUGUCUAUUCGUUUCAACUUUUUUUGUUGUUGUUUUCCUUUUGUGGUAGAUGGAGUGAGGUGUGCAGCACUCAUAUGUGAACAUGUCCAAAGUUAUGGGAAACAGCCCAGCGUUCGUGAGGGUUUAUCAAGUUUUAAGGGAAUUAAAAAUGCAAAACCAGGAAAAAUCUGCAGAGGUGGGAUACCAGUUUUUGUUUUGUUUUUUGUUUUUUGAGCUUUGUGAACAAACGCAAACUUUUAAAACUCCUCGGAAACAGUCACGUCCAUUCAUUUAGUAUGCAGAUGUCAAGUCAAACAGCAGCCCACCCCUGCAGGGUGUGUUUUGGUUUCAUGACGGCAGCGAAUCCUUUCAGACUUGAGAAUUGGUUCAAGCGUUGCUGUGUGUGUAUGUGUGAGAGUGCGUGUUUGUUUUAUUGCUGUCUGACAUUGGUCAGUGAGAGUCCUCUUUCAGUGGCAGAGAGGCCAAAACUGUUGUAUGUUUAUUGUUAUUCACAUUUAAUGAUGACAAUGGUAAUAAUAACAAUAAUAAUAAUAAUACACUCCAUUCCAUAAGCGCACUCAAACAUAUUAAAGCACUGGUCCUGCUUAACUCA